AGUACUCUCCGAGGCUUCCGGGUGUUUCAUGUCUGCCGUGGAGGGUGCGGUAGCGUUAGUUAGGUCGGAGCUAGGGAAAGUGAGUGCGCCGAGAUGUCCCGGGGCUCCAGCGCCGGCUUUGAUCGGCACAUUACUAUCUUCUCCCCAGAGGGUCGCCUGUACCAAGUAGAAUAUGCUUUUAAAGCUAUUAACCAGGGUGGCCUCACAUCAGUAGCUGUCCGAGGGAAAGACUGUGCAGUAAUUGUUACGCAGAAGAAAGUACCAGACAAGUUAUUGGAUUCCAGCACAGUGACUCACUUAUUCAGAAUAACUGAAAACAUUGGCUGUGUGAUGACAGGAAUGACAGCCGACAGCAGGUCUCAGGUGCAAAGAGCUCGCUAUGAGGCUGCAAAUUGGAAAUACAAGUAUGGCUAUGAGAUUCCUGUGGAUAUGUUGUGUAAAAGGAUUGCAGAUAUUUCUCAGGUCUACACACAGAAUGCUGAAAUGAGGCCCCUUGGCUGUUGUAUGAUAUUGAUUGGUGUUGAUGAAGAACAAGGCCCUCAGGUAUACAAAUGCGAUCCUGCAGGCUACUACUGUGGAUUUAAGGCCACCGCAGCUGGAGUCAAACAAACUGAAUCAACCAGUUUUCUUGAAAAGAAAGUGAAGAAAAAAUUUGACUGGACAUUUGAACAGACAGUAGAGACAGCAAUAACAUGCCUGUCUACUGUUCUAUCCAUUGAUUUCAAACCUUCAGAAUUAGAAGUUGGAGUAGUUACAGUUGAAAACCCUAAAUUCAGGAUUCUCACAGAAUCGGAGAUUGAUACACACCUUGUAGCUCUAGCUGAGAGGGAUUAACACUGUAAUUAGUCUCCCUAAUCUACUAUGUGCUGACCAGGAUAUUUGGUAAAAACCAACACAUUCAUCAAUGGCUCUGGAUGGAAAGACAAACCAUAUCCCCACUGAAGUGGACUUGGCUCUGUAUAAAUAAAACAGAGGUUUUAGAAAA